AUAACAAAUUAUAAAUGUUCAAAUAUUGAAAAUGUUMCAGUUAAGGAUAGGUGGAGGUUUAGUGAAGCUGGUAUUAAGUUGUAUACAAGUGAAAAGUCAAAAGCCCAGACAUUGAAUGUUAGCUUGAAUCAGACCAUGCAGUCAAUAUUUGAUACGAUGCUACAAGACCCAGGACGUCGUACAAUCAAAAGUAAAAUAAUAGGCUAA